CGCGCUUCCCGGAACAGCCCGCGGAGGGCAGCGCGGCGAGAACCCACCCGCGGCCGGGGCUCCCGCGCGGACAUGGCCGCGGGGAUCGGGGCGCGGGCAGCGAUGGCCACGCGCGCCUGACAGGUGCGGAGCAUGUACGGCAAGGCGAGCAAGGGCUGCGCGCCCUCGGACGGGCAGGCGCGCGAGAAGCUCGCGCUGUAUGUAUAUGAGUACCUACUGCAUGUGGGGGCACAGAAGUCAGCGCAGACCUUCCUGUCUGAGAUCCGUUGGGAAAAGAACAUCACAUUGGGUGAGCCUCCUGGCUUCCUGCACUCCUGGUGGUGUGUCUUCUGGGAUCUGUACUGUGCGGCACCAGACCGCAGGGAGGCCUGUGACCACUCCAGCGAGGCCAAAGUCUUCCAGGACUAUAGCGCAGCAGCAGCUCCCAGCCCUGUGAUGGGUACUAUGGCCCCUAACGAUGCAAUGGCAGCAGGUCCUGUGGCACCCGGCUUCUUUCAGCCCUUCAUGUCACCACGGUUCCCAGGGGGUGCCCGCCCAAUCUUAAGGAUGCCAGGCCAGCCUCCUGUAGGCCUCCCUGGCUCCCAACCCCUCAUCCCCGCUGCCAUGGACCCCUCCCCACGUGUGCAGGGGCACCCCAGCCUGGGAGGCCCGAUGCAGAGGGUGACCCCUCCGAGAGGAAUGGCCAGUGUUGGGGCCCAGGGUUAUGGAGCUGGCAUGCGGCCCCCACCCAACUCCCUUGCCACCAGCCAGGUCCUGCCGUCCAUGAACAUGGGUCCGGGAGUGCGUGGCCCAUGGGCCAGUCCCAGCGGUAACUCGAUCCCGUACUCUUCCUCAUCUCCUGGCAGCUACUCGGGACCCGCAGGAGGAGGCGGAGCCCCUGGAACACCCAUCAUGCCCAGCCCUGGAGACUCCACCAACUCCAGCGAGAACAUGUACACCAUCAUGAAUCCCAUCGGGCCGGGCGCUGGCAGGGCUAACGUGAGUGCGGGCCGGUGCGCCUCACCCGACGGGGACUCUGCGGGGGGCGGCCGGCCCGAGCCCCACGCUGCCCUAUGCCCGCAGUUCCCGCUCGGCCCCAGCCCGGAGGGCCCAAUGGCCUCAAUGAGCACGAUGGAGCCACACCACGUGAACGGAUCCCUGGGCUCGGGCGAUAUGGACGGGCUGCCGAAGCGCCGUCCCCAGAAUUCCCCCGGCGCCGUGGGCGGCCUGAGCAACGCCCCGGGGACCCCGCGCGACGAUGGCGAGAUGGCGGCUGCCGGGACCUUCCUGCAUCCGUUCCCGAGCGAAAGCGUAAGCGCCUGCGUCGACUCCCCACCCGCGGCCGCAGCGGGCCGGAGGGGCCUGGCGGGCAGACCCCGGCGGGGCGGCCGCGGGGCCAGAGCAAGACCGUGACCGCGGCGGGCCAGUACUCCCCCGGCAUGACCAUGAGCGUGUGAUAGUCCCGGCCUGAGCCCAGGGUCCUGCUGGUGAGGUCUCGGGUCGCGGCAGCACCCCUGCCAUCCGGACUCCUGGCUAGCCCGGCCGGCCGGCAGGGCCCCCACGAAGGACUUUAUCAUUUUCUAAACACACAUAUACACACACAAACUCAAAGGACCUCAGAGAAGUGCAGGCCUUCGGACCUGUGUGCACACGGGCUGGGGGGGGGGUUCUGCCAAUAAAUGCCAUUCCG